AAAAACAACUGAAUUUGGAAAAGAACAGUACUGACAGAGAGCAGAAGGUCCGUUUACACCAUGUGGAAUCUCGACAUCUUUACUGGAUGUAUCGGGCUGCUUGCCGUCCAUUUCAUUGCCUUUACUGUUGGUCAAAGGCCUUUGGCUUGCAACUUGCCCAUGGAUGAAGGACAAGCUGGAAAUAACCCAUCUGUGAAAUUUUAUUACAAUCGAACCAGUGACCGGUGUAAGAUUUUUGCCUAUAGAGGAGCUGGAGGAAAUGCGAACCGCUUCUUCACAGAUAAACAUUGCAUGAGGAACUGUUCCAGCCUGGCAGAUGACAUCUAUCCCGAUGAUGACCGGGCUUGUUUGCUGCCAAAAGACCCUGGAGAUUGUAAAGGACGUUUGUUGCUUUAUUAUUUUGACAGUGCAAAGAAGAAAUGCAAAACCUUUUUGUACGGAGGAUGUGGAGGAAAUGGAAACAAGUUCUUCCGCCUUGAUGCAUGCAAUUCACUUUGUAUCAGUAAAAUGGGAGGACCACCUGUUGAAGAUGAUGACGAAUCGCAAGUGGAUGAAGGUCUAGCGGUGGGACUGGGAAUGGGAUGUGCCAUCCUGCUCACUCUUGCUGUUGCACUUGCAGUGUUUUUCACACAGAGGAAGAAAAGAGCUGUGUCUUUGACUGAAAUGGUAUUGGAUCUGUACCCUUAUUUAGAAAAGAUAAUUGAAGAAAUCUGGAUGAAACCUGAAUAUCUGUUCUUUGUUUUUGAUGGAUUAGAUGAGUACAAGUGCCAGAUUGAUUUCACUGGCCACGUGGCUGGUGAAAUCUCUGUUCCCAGCCGGCCGACUGCACUUGACUCAUUGGAAAAGGCCAAGGUCAAUCUUUGGACUGAGACCCUGGGCUUUCUCGCUGAUGAAAGAAAAGAGUUUUUCAGAAAGUUUUUUGGGAGUGAAGAACUCGCUACCAAUGUCUUCAAACAGUUAGAGGAGAAUGAGAUCCUGUACACCAUAUGCUAG